GAUGAAAAAUUGAAGCAAAUUAAAUGUUUCGUGCUAGUUUCUAAUUUGGCACAUUCCCCAAUUCUCCGUCUUUCCUACGUUAACCAAAUUGAUUCUUUCUUGGUCAUCCAUCACCGAUUCACCGUCUUUCUACUUUUAAUUUUGAAUUCGCCCUCAAAAUUCAUCCUUUUCUCAAACCAAAAAGAUGCAGAAUUCAGAAGCCAAUAAUCGAAUUGCAAGAAUUGCAGCUCAUCUCAGUCCUCCUAAUCUUCAGAUGGUGGGAAGUUCGGGUAUCCGUAAGAUGAAUUGCAGAUCAAAAGGUGCAUCACCUGGGUUCAAAGUUGCAAUUCUUGGCGCAGCUGGAGGAAUUGGUCAACCCCUUUCAAUGUUAAUGAAGAUGAACCCACUUGUUGCUGUUCUUCACUUAUAUGAUGUUGUUAAUACUCCUGGUGUUUCUGCUGAUAUCAGUCACAUGGAUACUGCUGCUGUGGUGCGUGGUUUCUUGGGGAAAGACAAGUUGGAUGAGGCCUUAACAGGCAUGGAUCUUAUCAUCAUUCCAGCCGGAGUUCCUAGAAAACCAGGGAUGACAAGGGAUGAUUUAUUCAACAUCAAUGCUGGGAUUGUUAAGACACUUUGUGAAGGAAUUGCAAGGUGUUGCCCUAAAGCAAUUGUCAACUUGAUCAGUAAUCCCGUAAAUUCCACAGUUCCUAUUGCUGCUGAGAUUUUCAAGAAGGCGGGUAUAUACGAUCCAAAGCGCCUGCUUGGUGUUACAAUGCUCGACGUUGUCAGGGCCAAUACUUUUGUGGCAGAGGUUUUGGGACUAGAUCCUAGAGAUGUUGAUGUUCCUGUGGUUGGAGGUCAUGCUGGUGUUACAAUUCUACCCCUCUUGUCCCAGGUUAAACCUCCAUGCAGUUUUACGCCUGAAGAAAUCAAUUACCUGACAGAUCGCAUACAAAAUGGUGGAACAGAAGUUGUUGAGGCUAAAGCUGGAUCUGGAUCUGCAACCCUCUCAAUGGCCUAUGCUGCUGUUAAAUUUGCUGAUGCUUGCCUUCGAGGUUUGAGGGGAGAUGCUGGUAUUGUUGAAUGUGCUUUUGUGGACUCUCAGGUGACUGAAUUGUCGUUCUUUGCAACAAAAGUGAGGCUUGGUCGUAAUGGAGUUGAGGAGGUUUACCCUCUCGGCCCACUAAAUGCGUAUGAGAGGGCUGGUCUUGAAAAGGCGAAAAAAGAACUGGCAGUAAGCAUUGAAAAGGGCGUUUCCUUCACAAGGAAGUGAAAAUCAUUAAGCAGCCAAAUGCUAAUGUUUUUACCUAAUUUUAAUCCAUGUUUUGUCAAAUGUAUAUGCAAAUAAUUGGCAUAUAAUCCCAAAAAGAAUGUUGCAAAAAUAAAAUAUAGGUUAUCAACUUUUUAUUUUAUCUUUUUAUUUGUUUAUUUACAUUAUAAUGUAGUAUCGGACUUCUAUCACUAUCACCAGCAAUAUCAAAUUAAGAAACGAAGGGUCUGAGUUAUUUUUGAAACUUAUUUCUAAUCUCUAUAGGCUUUAUAGAAAUGUCAAAUGUGUAAGUAUACAGAUGAUGAUGAUGAUUUUAAUUAUAUAGGAUUGUGAUUAUAUUUUCUAUUAA